AUGAGUGAAGAGACUGUCCCCGAGGCUGCCUCGCCGCCGCCGCCCCCGCAAGGGCAGCAGUAUCUGGACCGCUUUUCUGAGGACGACCCUGAGUACCUGCGCCUCCGCAGCCGCGCGGCGGACCUGCGGCAGGACUUCAACCUGAUGGAGCAGAAGAAGCGCGUCACCAUGAUCCUGGAGAGCCCCUCUUUCAGGGAGGAACUGGAAGGCCUCAUCCAGGAGCAGAUGAAGAAGGGGAACAACUCCUCCAACAUCUGGGCCCUGCGGCAGAUCGCGGACUUCAUGGCCAGCACCUCCCACGCAGUCUUCCCAGCAUCUUCCAUGAACUUCUCCAUGAUGACGCCCAUCAAUGACCUCCACACAGCUGACUCCUUGAACCUGGCCAAGGGGGAGCGGCUCAUGCGGUGCAAGAUCAGCAGCGUCUACCGUCUCCUAGACCUCUAUGGCUGGGCCCAGCUGAGUGACACCUACGUCACGCUGAGAGUCAGCAAGGAGCAGGAUCACUUCCUGAUUAGCCCUAAGGGAGUUUCUUGCAAUGAAGUCACCGCAUCCAGCCUGAUCAAGGUGAACAUCCUGGGAGAGGUGGUGGAGAAGGGCAGCAGCUGCUUCCCAGUGGAUACCACAGGCUUCUGUCUACACUCGGCGAUCUACGCUGCCAGACCUGAUGUGCGCUGCAUCAUCCACCUGCACACGCCGGCCACGGCAGCCGUGUCAGCCAUGAAGUGUGGCCUCCUGCCUGUCUCCCACAAUGCCCUGCUGGUGGGGGACAUGGCCUAUUAUGACUUCAAUGGUGGGAUGGAGCAGGAAGCGGAUCGAAUCAGCCUGCAGAAGUGCCUUGGACCCACCUGCAAGAUCCUGGUGCUAAGAAAUCAUGGAGUGGUUGCUCUAGGUGACACCGUGGAGGAGGCGUUUUAUAAGGUCUUCCACCUGCAGGCUGCAUGUGAGAUACAGGUCUCUGCCCUGUCCGGCGCCGGGGGAGCGGAGAACCUCAUCCUCCUGGAGCAGGAGAAGCACCGACCCCACGAAGUGGGCUCCGUGCAGUGGGCAGGGAGCACCUUCGGGCCUAUGCAGAAGAGCCGGCUGGGGGAGCACGAGUUUGAGGCCCUCAUGAGGAUGCUGGACAACCUAGGUUACAGAACAGGCUACACGUACCGCUACCCCUUUGUUCAAGAGAAAACCAAACACAAAAGUGAGGUGGAGAUCCCAGCCACCGUCACAGCCUUCGUGUUUGAGGAGGACGGCGCCCCGGUGCCCGCCCUGCGGCAGCAUGCCCAGAAGCAGCAGAAGGAGAAGACCCGUUGGCUCAACACGCCCAACACCUACCUGCGGGUCAAUGUGGCUGAUGAGGUUCAGAGGAGCAUGGGCAGCCCCCGGCCCAAGACCACAUGGAUGAAGGCUGACGAGGUGGAGAAAUCCAGCAGUGGCAUGCCGAUACGGAUUGAAAACCCAAACCAAUUUGUGCCUCUCUAUACCGACCCCCAAGAAGUGCUGGACAUGCGGAACAAGAUUCGAGAACAAAACCGACAAGACGUGAAGUCGGCAGGGCCUCAGUCCCAGCUCCUGGCGAGUGUCAUCGCUGAGAAGAGUCGAAGCCCGUCUACAGAGAGCCAGCUGAUGUCCAAGGGCGAUGCAGAUACCAAAGACGACUCAGAGGAGACCGUGCCCAACCCCUUCAGCCAACUCACUGACCAGGAGCUGGAGGAAUACAAGAAGGAGGUGGAGAGGAAGAAACUAGAACUUGACGGAGAGAAAGAAACCACUGCAGAGGAGCCUGGCUCACCUGUAAGGUCUGCACCAGCUUCUCCAGCACAGAGUCCAGCGAAGUCAGAGACAAAGAGCCCCGCGGUCUCUCCCUCCAAGUCUUUAGACGAAGGUGCUAAGAAGACAGAAACAAGCAAAGCCACCACAGAGCCUGAAACAACACAGCCAGAAGGAGUGGUGGUCAACGGGAGGGAGGACGAGCAGACCACAGAGGAAAUUCUCAGCAAAGGCUUAAGCCAGAUGACCACCAAUGCCGACACGGAUGUUGAUACCUCUAAGGACAAAACCGAGUCGGUCACCAGCGGCCCCAUGUCCCCAGAGGGCUCACCUUCCAAGUCUCCCUCCAAAAAGAAGAAGAAAUUCCGAACCCCAUCCUUCCUGAAAAAGAGCAAAAAGAAGGAGAAAGUGGAGUCCUGA